AUGAAACGAAGAGCAACUCACGCGGGAUCCUGGUACCUCGGCGACGGUGAUGAUCUCGACAUCCAGCUCACAGAGUUCCUUGACAACGUGCCUUCUGCAUCGACUGAGCACGGCCCAUUCCCUGUACCCGGUGCUCGCAUUAUAAUCGCUCCGCAUGCGGGAUACUCGUACAGCGGGCCUACAGCUGCCUGGGCAUACAAGGCAUGGGACGUAUCGGGGCUGAAACGUGUGUUUUUGCUUGGACCCUCGCAUCAUGUAUAUCUCAAGAGUUGCGCACUAUCGCAAUGCACUGAGUACGAGACGCCGUUGGGGAACAUACCGAUUGAUACCGAGACGAUUGAGAAGUUGCAUAAGGGUGGUGAAUUCCAAAUGAUGUCUAAAUCGACAGACGAGGACGAGCAUUCGCUAGAGAUGCAUUUGCCAUAUAUUUACAAGAUCCUAUCAAGUUCGAAAGAAGGAAUGCGUCCACUGGUACCAAUCAUGGUCGGCUCACUCAGCGCCAAAAUGGAGCGCGAGUUUGGCGAGAUCCUAGGUCCGUACCUAGCCGAUCCUGCCAACGGCUUCGUCGUGUCUUCGGAUUUCUGCCACUGGGGUUCGCGGUUCGGAUUCACAAACUACGUCGAGGACGCAGACUGCUCGCGCGUGCGGUCGUUGUCGGGCUCGAACCAGAUCAGCUCGGAUAUGCCGAUCUACAAGUCGAUUGAGAUUAUGGACUACAAAGGUAUGGAAGUUGCAAGCAGAGGAUCGCAUGCGGAAUGGACGACGUAUCUCUCCCGCACAAAGAAUACGAUCUGCGGACGUCACCCGAUCGGCGUGGUCAUUGCUGGGAUCGAGGCCUUACGUGAAGCUGGAGUAGGCGAGUCGGAUGACAAGUCUACAGCCGAACCGGCUGGAGAGGAAGACGCGCAGAAGGACCAGUUUGGCAAGAUCUACUGGGUCCAGUAUAACCAGAGCAGUCACUGCAAAAGGCUGUCUGACUCCAGCGUCAGUUAUGCGAGCGGGUUUGCAAAGGCGUGA